AAACACAAAAAUUAUCUUGAGCAAUGGCGAUAGCAGUAUCAAAAGAAGAUUAUAUUCAGCAGCGCUUGAAUAAAGUGCUUGAAUCGCGCAUCGAAAAUGACCGAGAAACGCUAGAGGCUUUGUCCGACCUUUCGUCAUUUUUCAAGGAGAACACUCUUCAAACACGGCGUAACUUGAGAAGCCAAAUUGAAAAGAAAAGCUUGGAAAUCAAUCAAAACUUUCUAGAUGCAUUGAAAAACGUAAAGGAGGUUUUGGAUGGCAUUUGCAAUGAUAUUAAUUCGAUGAGCCUAUCUGUCGAAAACAUGAAAUCGCAACUUAGCAACACUGAGGCUCAAACCAAGGAUCUGAUACAACAGUCAAAUGCAUUACAGGAGGAAAACAAUAAGCUGCAAGUACAACAGAAACUUGCCUGUGGGUUCUUGUCGCGAUUCCAGUUGUCAUUAACCGAACAUCAGAUGUUAUACGGUUCCAAACGCGAUGCCCCAAUAGCAGCGGAUUUUUUUCAGGUAUUGGAUCGAGUGCAAAGCAUUCAUACCGAUUGUCGUACAUUGAUGCAAAAUGGAUACCAAACAGUGGCAUUAGACAUAAUGGAAGAAAUGACACUCCAUCAAGAGGCAGCCUUGGAACGCCUUUACCGCUGGACGCAAUCGCACUGCAGGAACGUGGAAUCAAAUGAGAUGGGCGUUCUUAUAGUACAGGCUAUGGCAAGGCUUCAAGAUCGACCAGUUUUAUUCAAAUACGUAAUUGAUGAGUAUUCCACCGCACGGCGAUCGGUGGUUGUUCGUUGCUUCAUUGAUGCACUUACAACAGGAGGCCCGGGUGGAAACCCGAGGCCGAUAGAGAUGCUAGCUCACGACUCAAAACGUUACAUAGGGGAUAUGUUUGCUUAUAUUCACCAAAUCCUUCCGCCAGAGAAGGAAAAUCUACAGAUGCUUGUCAGAAAUUGCGAUAAGGAAGAUAUUUCGGAGCAGGUUCAAUCUGCAAUGAUCAACAUUUCGGAUGGGGUGUGUCACCCCCUCAGAGUGCGAGUUGAGGCGAUACUAAAUGCCGAAAAGGAUACGAUCAUAUUGUACUCAAUAUUCAAUUUGGUAAAGUUCUACCUGAACAUGAUUACUAACAUCGUAAAAGGAGGCCAGUUGGAGCAGUGUAUGGCUGAUAUGCAGAUAUUUUCAGAAACUACCUAUUUGAAUAGUCUCAAAUUUCAGAUAAAGCAGUUACUUCAUGGAGCUAAUGAGAAUCGAUCUGGGCUUGAGCCUCCUCUAUCAGAUUUGGUUCCUUCUUCCAGUGUGGGUCGAUUAUUAAACCUACUGAAGGAGAUUCUUUCGGUAGCCAGUAUGGUAGCAGGUAGUCAAAAAGACAUUACCAAAAUUGUCGGUUGUGUGAUCGAUCCUCUUCUACAAUCCGUGCAAGAAUCGGCAUCUCAUUUGCCUACAACGGACAUGGCUGUUUAUUUGCUAAAUUCCUUGUAUCAAAUCGAAAGUGUAAUUUCUAUAUACGAAUACAUGGAGGAGCGAUUAGAACGUUUACGUGCUCAAUCCGACGCCCAGAUAGAUACAUUGACUUCAGAACAAGCAUCAUCUCUUGUAGCUAAUCUUAAUCUUGGCCCAAUAUAUACAGUUUUACAAGGAAACUCUUCUCAGAUCGAACAAAAACAUCUUAAUACAUUUGUGGUUAAACUGGAACAGUUUCUUCAAACUCCAGAAAUUCUGCUGCUACCACAAGUGAACCUUCUCAUCAGCAGCAGCCAUCGAGGUACAGUGCAAAAACGGUCGUUCAAUGUGAUUAUUGCUUUAUAUCGACAAAUCUACGAACGUAUCCAUGAUCCGAAAAAUGGAUACGCGAAUCCAGAGUUAAUUCUGGCUAAAACGCCAGAGGUCGUAAAUGAAUUAUUAUGCGGCUAAUAAAUUAAUGUUCUUUGAUAUAGUAACAAC